GAGUUUUAUCGGCUUGAUGCGGUGGUGGGAAGAAAAACAAGCAGUGUACGAAGGGUGACAGUUGAACGUGCCCGGGAAGAAGUCGUCUGUUUUCUGUUUCACUUCAGGAACUUCCCAGCUUCUUAGCCAUGCUACAAACCCGCACGCUGCGCCAUGGAGCUUAGGAACUAGAACGGACGAUUAUCUGUGUAAGGUUGUGUGUGAGACUUUGACCAGUUUUCUUUUAUCGUCGACCCGAAAUGGCCGACGAAGCAGACGACGUUUGGAACCCGCAAGAACAAGUCUUUCACAACGCCGUCAGGGAAUAUGUUAUCUCCCUGCUGCUGUUCAUGGCCUUAUAUGGCAUCUCCUUUAUCGUGACCACCAAGUUCAGGAAGCGCUCAGAGAGAGACGACUUCUAUCAGGCCGAUGACGAUGCCUGGGUCUACAGAAUAUCGUUGUGGAUCUGUACCUUUACCCUUGCCGUAUCAGCGGCUGCAGUGCUGCUCCUCCCCAUCUCCAUCAUCAGUAAUGAGAUCUUACUCAUCUACCCCAAGAGCUGGUACAUGAAGUGGCUCAACAGCUCUCUCAUCCAUGGUCUGUGGAAUCAUGUAUUCCUGUUCUCCAACCUGUCCCUGUUCAUCUUGAUGCCAUUUGCAUACUUCUUCACUGAGUCAGAAGGCUUCAUGGGGUCCAAGAAGGGUAUCAUGGCACGUGUGUAUGAGACAUUUGUGGUACUGUUUCUGUUGGGAGUGUUGGUGGUAGGACUGGUGUGGGUGGCCUCUGCACUACUGGACCAAGACACCGCUAGCAGGGAGUCGCUACUCAUUUUUGCCACAGAUUUCUGGAACUUCUACCUGCCAUAUCUGUAUUCCUGCAUAUCAUUACUGGGUGUUCUGCUGCUGCUAGUUUGCACUCCCCUUGGUUUUGCCAGACUCUUUACCGUAGUUGGGCAGCUACUGGUCAAGCCGAGGUUCAUGACCAACAUAGAAGAAGACAUCUACUCAGCAAAGUUUGAGGAAGACAAUCUCCUAAGGAAACUAAAAGACAAGCUGAGCCCCAUCAGUCUGCCAGUGAAGCAGGACCUGAGGAAACGCUUACUGGAGGUGCAGACAGAGAGGAAGAAACUGGAGAGAAGACAGAAGGCAUCAGUAUGGCAGAGGAACCUGGGCUAUCCCCUGGUCAUGUUGUUACUACUGGCCAUGACUGGUAUUGCAGUGUUUAUUGUGUCCAUCCACACUCUGGGGCUGCUGUUUGGAGGGGCUGCUCUACCUGUGGGAGUCCAGGACAUAGGGUUGGGCCAGGCCUCCCUGUCCAUGUUUGGAGUCCUGGGAGCCUCGGUGGAAAUCAUCCUCAUCCUGUACUUAAUGGUGGCCUCUGUGGUGGGGUUCUACAGUGUGCCACUCUUCAGCAGAAUAAGACCCACUAAAGCAAACACACCAAUGACUAUGGUAAUAGCAAACUGCCUUGUACUGUUGAUAAUGAGUUCUGCCUUACCUGUACUGUCCAGAACAAUUGGUAUCACACACUUUGACCUGUUGGGCUACUUUGGUCGGUUCAACUGGCUCGGCAAUUUCUACAUCGUCCUGUUGUACAAUGUCGUAUUCGCCGUGGGAACGGGACUGUGUCUAGUCAAGAAGUUCACGGUGUCUGUCAGAAGAGAACUUUACGCGCGGCUGAGAAUGUACAGCCCAGUCACACGAAGACGACAGUCACGGACAGAAUCCAUGAGUUCCUCUGUGUCACAUACAGCCAAUGGAAUUUCAUCUACCAUGGCAGCAAGUGCAAAUCCAGCCAAUGACACGGCAGCCGCCAUGGCAACUGGUUCAAACUCGACCAAUGAGAAUUUGUCUAACGGGACUGCACACUCUAUCAAAUCAGACUGAUCAUUCUGUUCAGGCAUACAAGACACCUUCUAACAUUUCCAGUUGCGGCAAAAUUACACGGCAUCAUGUACUUUCUUUGAAAUUCAGCUUUUUUUUUCAGCAAUAGAUGUCUGCAUUUUGUGUACAUCCUGAUACAGCAGUGAAAAUGGAUUGAGAAGAUGCAAUGUUGUCUGAGAGUUGGAACAGCACAAGGGAAAGCAAAGAGUUUGGACAAAAUGUACACUGGGAGGAAAUAUGGUUGAAAGAGACAAGACUGUGAGUAUGUCACAACUAUCGAGGGAGGAUUUGACAUAGAAAACUUGCACCAGUGAAAGGAGAUAGUCAGACGGAAGAGUCCUGACUAGUAGUCCAUGCAACAUAGAGCAUCAAAACUUGCUCUAUUUGCAACAGUGAUAUGUGUGAUAAGUAUGACCAUGGAAGAAAAUGUAUGCAGUGUGCUUUAAGGUUUUAUGCACAGUUAAUAUACAAUAUAAGCACAAUUACUGCUUUUAUUAAAAUAUUAUGUAAACAGAACCUCAUGAAGAGGAAAGUUCUGUCACAAUUGCUGGCAAUGUACAGUUGCCCUAAUUUUUGGCAAUGCCUUAGGGGCGGAGGCAUUUUUUUUUUACUUUGAGCUUCCUUUGCAGCUACUUUAGUCCCAAUGGGAUGUCGCUAGUAUAUAUCACAGCCACAAGGUAACGAAACAGCAAAUGUGUUUUUGUUGACUUUGAAAAUCCUUUUGCAUAUUUUGUCCAGUUUUACACAUACACUUUUGUAAUUAAUGCAGCCUUGUUCCAAACAUACUAUGGCAUAUAAUGUCCAUGAAGUUACAUUUGUAUGUACCCACCUCUAAAGGAUAUGUGGUGGCUGUUUAAUUUGACAUAUUUCACAGAGAGCCAGUCAUAAUUUAUAGAAAAAGCUAGUUCUCACAUUCUACUUUUAGUUUGAUGCUUUUUUUUAUUACAAUGCUUUGUCUGAACCUUAAGUUUGUAAAUCCAUUGUAUUUAUGUAAAUAAUUCUGAACAAGAAUGAGACUGAUUUUUUGUGAGGAUCAAAUAUGGUGAAAAAUAAGUCAAAUCAUUGUAAUCACCUCAAUUUGUACAGCUUAAUGUGUAUUGUUUAUUUUUGCAUAAAAUGUGUAACCCUCUAUUAAAUAAUACUGCGUACCCUAUUUUAACAUAUCCCUUUGAGUUGUGUAAUAUAAUGGGCUAGGCUCAUAACUGCAAGAUGUACGUGUUUUAAUCUUAUCACACGUUUUUGUCAAAUACAACUCAUUGCGCCAAUCAUGUCUUCGUUAACUUUACAGACAUAUGCUCAUGUUGCACAGAUACUUCAUCCAACUUGUUGCCUUCUUUAUUUUGCACAACAAUCUUUAUUUUCUCUGGGCUUCACUAACUUAGUCUACAUGUUUCUUAACAGGUUGCAAAUAUUUCAUACAGUUAGUGGGCACAGACCAACACACUUUAAACUUUACUUACUUUUUGUAUCUUAUUACUGACAAGGAAAUUUACCAGUGGUUUGGAUCUUAACUAUUUUAAGACUUAACACAGUACACAAUCUCAUGCCAAAGAUUAAGCCAAAAGAAUUUAUUUUCUUGGCUCAAUCGCUACAAUAAGGACACAACAGGCUUUGUUUUUAUCAAAUCAAUUUUCUUACAAACUCGAAGAACUAACGAAUUGGUGUCAACAUGCAGAACUAGCUGAUCAUUUCAAAGGUCUUGUGGUGUUUUGAAGACAAAACAGACAUGUUUACAUUCCAUGUGAUGUGUUGUACAUUCCCAGUCUCUCUUUCUGUGUGUGCUUGAAUGUGUUCUUUAGCCCUCUAAGGUAUCCAUUUGAUCACCAGAUUUGUAUUUGUUAUGUGUUGAGGCUGGAGAGCGAAGGCUAAAAGACUGACAAGCUCUAUUAUGUUGAAGAAAAAGAACUUAAACUUUAUAGUUACUCAUCUUUAGCCUCUACCAGGCUCUGUGGAUUGGCGGUCUAAUAGUAGAAAUUGCGGUGAGGAAAUAACUCCUCUGGCCGGCAGACUCCCUAGCGUACUUUGGACUCUAUUUGUCCAAUUUUUACUAUUAGACCUCCAAUCUGCGGAGCCUGGUAGAGGCUAACUUGUCCUGAUAGUUGUUUGGAUAUACCGCCAUUUAUCAGAUGUGCAAAGGCUAUUCAUACCGUAGUCUUAGCGUGGGAAUGAAUGUUAUUAGAAGGGCUUGUAGAAAUAUAUUCAAAUCACUUGGAUUUUGAGGAAAAUGACAGAAAAUGGCCUUGUCUUGUAGCAGUUAUGAUAUAUGCAAAUUUAAAGGAGUCUCGAUUUCUAUGUUCUCUGUUGUAACAUUUCUUCUUUGGAAGAUAUACAAAUAUGACUGUGCCAAACACUUUGUGCCUGUAUGUUCUUAGCCUUUGUUACAAGAUCUCUUGCUGUUAGGGGCUGGUUGUGUCUCUUCCCUGAGAUGCUAGAAGUGUGAUUCAUCCAUGCUAUAUAGUAGCAGGGCUCUAGCCAGCGUCCGUUUUUUAGUCAAUUAACUGUUUGUCAAGGUCUGCAAUGGCAACAUUUACUACUUUGUAGUGUCAUAGGGAAAAUGAAUUUUGCGGUUUCACGACGAUUGGAAUUGGCUGACG